CAACACAAUCUGUACUUAUUAUCCAUCUAAUCAACCAGCACGAGACGAUAUCAUCACGACCGAGCCUGUCUCUAUAUCGCUGGAAUAGUCGGCUGGGAACGGCUUUCCAGGCUCUAGAGCGAUGGCGUCUUCGACGCUUCGCCGUUCCGCACACGCGACCAUGAACACUCUCUCCAGCGCAUCAACCGCAGCCCUUAACCUUCCCUCUACAUAUGCAAACUACGUCGCGCACAACGCAUCCGCUGUAUCCAACGUUGAGCAGAGCCUGCGCUCACUCACCUACCUCCUUCCCGGAGCGCGCUUCCACGAUGCCGAGAUCGCAUCCGAAUCCGUCCACACCUUCGUCCAACUCCUCUCCAUCUACCACGACCAUCUCCUCAAGAAGCGCGCCUCCCUCCUAGCUCUAUCACCAACAGUCCUGAAAUCCAAAGUCGUCAAAUUACAAAAUCCUAAACCCUCCUUACACGCAAGAUACACUACAUUCUGGACGACCUCAUCAUCAUUAUACUCCAAGAUCGCGACACUCAUGAAAAUUGCACAAUACACAGAACUCCUCUGGGAGAUGGUCGCGCGCCGGCGCGGUGGAGAAAAGACUCGAUGGCGCGUAGUGGUCCUAUUGGAAUCAUUCAAGGCGAUAUGUCGCUUACUCCUCAUGCGACUCACCAAUUCACGACCACUAGUCAGCCCGCCAAUGCCUCUUCGCGAGGACUUUGCGCCCGUCGAGGCCGAAGGUGAAGAAGAAGACGAACUGCAAGCACUUCGUGCCGACAAUGGCGACUCCUUCGAUGUCAAAACCGCUCUGGGCGAAGCGGGCGUCCCCACACCGCCAAUGUCGGACAGCGGCAAUGGCAAACCCUCAGCAUCCUCACUAUCCAUAUCCGAACCGUACAGCAUGCCGCGCACCGGGUUCACACUGCCUACGCUUCCUACGCCCGAAACCGUGUCGAGUUAUCUGCUCAAUCAUGUGCUUACAGCCGACGAUGUCAAGCCCGCGAAACAACUCCUCCACCAACUCACGACACUACGCGGCCAAGCCGCAGAGAUAAUGUACAUUCUCCGGCCCGUUGUGUACGCACUCAUGAUGCAGCGUGUGGCCCGGAGUUACGGGUACGAGGGCACGAAGUGGAAACGCCACUGGACGCCCUGGCUUGUGGGCUUCGCCAUGGAAUACUUUGCGAGACAAAUGGCCAAGGCCGAUCUCGCGGCGAGAGUGCCCGGCGGCGCAAGAAACGGUCUAUCCGCGCUGGAGAGGGACGAGUUGAAGAAGCGUGGCUGGAGUCUGGCUUGGUGGGGCAUGAGAGGUGCAUUUUACGAGAAUGUCACGAAGAAAUGGAUCCAUGGUGUUGCCGACUCGUUGAAGGGUAGGCCGCUGAUUGAUCUAGCGGGCACAGUGGUCGAGGAGUACGAAUAUCUUUGGGGUAACUACUAUUUCAGCACGUCGACUAUGUAAUGAGGUGCCAGGUACAUGGCGCUCUUAUGUAAUGAUAUUGAACGAAUGCAAUGGAAAACAAU